GCAGCAGCAGCAGCAGCAGCGGGUCACCUGUACAGCAAGAGCAAGAGCAAGAGGCACAGAGUGGACCAGCGCGGUACUCGGCUCACAGCAACACAAACACUCACCGCAGCUAUGUCUGAGUACAGCCGCGUCAAGGUGGGCAAACUAAAACUGAAGGGAGAGAAAAAGUCACACAAGAAACACAAGUCAAAAAAGAGGAAGGCAGAGGAUGAAGAUGGUGGCAGCAGCAGCAGCAGCAAGAAGGACACCGACACUGCUGACCAUGGAGGCUGGUGGUGCUGCCAGGCGCUGCAUCAGAUGGCAGGCUCUGUGGCUAUACAGCUUGGUGAUGCUCCUGUGUAUGUGCGAGCGCUAGAUAAUGGCUUGUUUACAGCUGGCGCACCCCAUGACCAAGGGGAUGGGCCAUCACCGGAGGAAGUGCUGACAGCAGUGCCAGCAGGGGAAGAGCGCAUCGCCUUCAAGUCUGGCUACAACAAAUACUUAGGGGUGGAUGGGGCUGGCAAGGUGGUUGGCCGUGCAGACGCCAUAGGUCCACGGGAAAUGUGGCUGCCGGUGUUUCAGGAGGGCAAGACAGCUCUUCUAGGUGCCAAUGAGUGUUUCUUGGGAGUGGACGAGGAGGACAACGUGGUUGCCGUGAGCCAGACAGCUGGACCAGAACAGAUAGUGAUGGUGCGGUCCAACAUGAUGAGGGAGUGUGACCGGCCCAAGGAGGUGCCAGAGGAGGAGCGAGGGAAGCUGAGGGAUGUCGAGAAGAACUACGUCAAGAAGUUCCAAAAGUUCCAGGACAAGCGACUGCGGAUCAAUAAGGACGGCGUGGCGGAGCUCAAGGCAGCACGGAAUGAGGGCAGCCUGCAUGAGGCUCUUCUGGACCGCCGGGCAAAGAUGAAAGCUGAUAGGUAUUGCAAAUGACCCCUCAGGCUACUUUUAUGUCAUCUAUGUGUCCUGGUGUCUUUUCCUCCUCUUAAUGUCUUGUCUUCUCUUUCUGCCUUCAUUUCCCCUUUACCUCCUCCCUCUCUUCCUCUUACAGAAGUUUUGUGUCUUCAGUUUCUUUAAAUAUCUUCCUCCUUUUUUAGUUGUUUUCUAACCUUCAUUCUAGCUUUUGUUGUUUCUCUCUCUAUGCUCUCCCUCUUAUUUCCUUCUUUAUUAUCUUUAUUUUUCAUACUAGUAUCUUACCAGGGAAAAAUAGUUAUGCAUAAGACAGUUAAUUGAGUUCCUUUGUUCAGAUAAUAAUUGGAAGAAAGAUUGAGCUAAGUAGGGGGAGGAGGUGGAAUAGGGGAUGUCAGUAUUGGAUUAUGUAUUGUAGUAGGGUUACCUGUCCUGCAGUCAGAUGUGCAUAUAGUGCGUUAAUAUAAGAUUGGCAACAUUUUGAAAUGCUAAAAUAUUUGUAGGAGUAAUGCCUCUAAAAAGUUAAUAAGUUCUUGAACUUUUCUCGAGCACUAGUGACUGCACACAGGUGGACCUAACACAGUGUUCCUAGGAGCACACUGUCCAGUGUCUAGUGUUUCUAAGAUUGUCUUGUCACUUUUUAGAGGUUAUUUUUUCCAUAAAUUUUACAUGUAAAGAAGAAAUAAGUUGUCAUUU